AUGAUUAUGAUUACUUCUGAAGCAUCGAGAAAGCCACGAAAUAAGAUACUAAAGUAUGAUCCGUUUUUGAAGGAGGAUGGAAGGUAUCAUUGUUCGGAAUUUCAGUGCUCCAAGUCUUUUAGUCGACCAGAUCAUCUGGCAAGACAUCAACUAAACCAUAAAACUAAACACACCUACAACUGUGCCUGGCCUGGAUGCCACAAAACUUUUGUAAGAAGCGAUGUUAAAGAUAAGCACUACAAAAGACACCAGAAAAGAGAGGAAAACUUAAAAAAAAAGUUUACCGAUCCCCAGAUUUCAACAUUAUUCUCCUUGGGGAAACAGCCGGCUGUAGAACUUGAAACUGAGCUCAACCCCCCUCAACCACUAGCAUUAACUGCCCUGUCGGAUGUUGAAAGUGAUUUGACCUUACCACCCUCGGAAUUGAUCCAAUAUUUUUUCAAAGAUGAUAGAAGUGAUAGUAUUAACUUAACUAAUUUUGAAUUUGGACUUCCUGGGGAUGCCUUUUCACCUUUAUCAAUCAAUGAGUCGUUUUCAAUGUUACCCAUUUCUGAGAAUCAAACAUUGGUAGACUAUGAAUUACAAGCACAGCUAAUAGAGUCAUUGCCUCAACUAUCGGUUGAGUCUGAUUUUACAUUGCCACUUAUUGAAACAAGCUUACAAUCGUACUGGACUUUCCACCAUCCUCAAUUUCCUAUCAUUCAUAAACCUUCGUUUUCAACUAAGAGAGCUCAUCCCUACUUAGUGCUAGCAAUGAUUAUGGUUGGGGCAACCUACGAUAAAUCUACUGUUUCCAUAUGUGACAAGAUUGGUCUACCGUUGAGGUGGAGUAUUUGCUCUUGCGAAGAGUUUGCACCACCCCCAAAAUCCUGGGUUAUUCAAAGUCUCAACCUAUUGGAGAUUUAUGAGUUGACAUCUUCCAAUAGGAGACUUCAUGAAAGAGCUUAUUUGAAUCACGGACUAAAGAUUCAGCUUUUGAGAAGAAGUGCACUUUUCGGAGGAAAUCCCCUCAAAACUGAACAAGACGGAGAUCGACAUGGCACUUGGGAAAAAUGGAUAGAAGAUGAAUCGCUAAAAAGGGCAGCACUGAUGGCAUUCUACUUAGAUACCCAGCAUGCCGUGAUAUUUGGCCAUGAAAUCACAUUAUAUCUUCAUCAGAUAAAGCUUUCGCUUCCAUGCGAUGAACAUUUAUGGGAAUCUUCCAAACUAGAUGAUUGUAAGAAGAGAUGUGGCAACGAGAUUAAAUUCUUGGAUGCUUUGAAAAAGUUACUCCAUAGAAACAAGAUUACUACCAGUAGAUUUGGUAAGAAGCUGUUGCUAGCCGGUUUGCUCACGAUUAUGUUCCAGAUGGAACAGAAAGACAUGCAAGUCUCAGUUCUGGAAUGGGUAUCUGUGAAGUAUCAAUGGAAGGAAGUCAUUUCAUCUGCCAUUGAAUUCUGGAAAUUUGCCAUCUGUCAAGAUGGAUGCUGUGAUAAUCAGGAUCAACUUAUAUACCAAGUUAAUUACCCACAGGAUACAGCUUGCAAAUUCCCACUUUAUCAUCUUGCUGAGUCAUACAUGCAACUGACACAUUAUGAUUACCUCAUCUACGCUGGGGCGCCAAGUAGAAUGAAUGUGAAAGCUUGUGGUAGGGAUUAUGAAGCUGUAGAACGUCGAAUUCAGAGGUGGUCAAAGACCUUCAACGCGCGGCUUGCAGUAGUACAUGGUUAUGCUUUCCUGUGUGAGUUAUUACUAAUGCCACAGGAUUCUCCCGAGUAUUCGGAACAAAUUAUUGAUUAUAAUGCCAGUGCAGAUCAUCACCUAUAUCGACCACAUGUUGUCACUUCCAUUGCAUUUGUGCUUUGGGCUUAUACCUUCUGCACUGAAGGGCCCGAAUCAUACCUUCUUAGAUCUCCCAUUAUGGAAAAUGGAGAUUCUCUACCAGCAAGGGAGGAAGGUUAUACCUAUCUUAAGCGGAUCGGGACUGAAUUGUCCCUCAAACUUGGUGGUGUGUUCCAUGGGGUAACUUUCCACAGCUCUAUGAAAUUGUAUGCCAACGUAAUCGAUGAGAUUUCAAGCAAGAAUCAUAUUGUUGGCCUGCUACGUCUGCUGAAGAGCAAAAUAGAGACUCAUCGCUCAGAGAUACUUCGUGAACACUGCAAACUUUUGAACAAUUGCAUCGAACGAAGUCUAGGAAAGAGAGCUGUCACUUGUCAAAAUAUGUACGGCUAG